UUGUUUUUCGUCAAUGUGUUACGUAGCUCGGUGAAAGUCUAACGUUCAAGUUGUAUGUAAGAUGUCGCAGGAAAAUUCGGUGUAGAAAUUUGUAUAUCAAAAUUUGGUUCGUAACGCACUCAAGAACACACGCCAGCGCCAGAAUACCGCCAGCAGCUUAGCAGCUUAGCAGCAGUGCGCGCAGCACAUCUCCAUCUCCGUACCCGAGCAACAUGUCGCAUCAUCAGCACGCCCUCUCGGAGGCCACCACCCUCCGCCUGAUAAGUGGCUUGGUCGCCGCCGGCAACGCCACGCCCCCGGCCGCUCAGCCGCCCUCGCCGGCACAAGCGGAUGUUAACUGCUCUCCGGAAGUGGGCCUGGCAGCCGGUAAUGCGGCGGCUGCUCCGCCGGCCAGUGGCACGCCCACCGCCUCCAUGGCCGCCCUGGAAAUAUCCUCGGCUCGCCGGCGGAUGUUGCCACCGGUAACGCGACGUCCCUCGCAGGAGAGCGUCCACUCGGCGAACGAGAAUGGCAACUCGUGCCGCAUUUGCCGCUGGAACCGCAGCGACAUGGAGAUCAUGAAGUGUCCGUGCAAUUGCAAGGGCAGCGUGGGCUUCAUCCACCUCAAGUGCCUGAAACGCUGGAUCAUGCACCGGCGGGACAAUCGCUGCGAGAUCUGCAACGCGGUGUUCGACAUCUCGGAGGAGCGGGUCAGCCUGAAGCAGAUGGUGCGGACCUUCUGCUGCGGUCGCUGCUGCGGCCUGAUUGUGAAGCACCUGCUGUUCAGCGCCUCGCUGAUGCCUCUGGCCCACAUCAUUCUGCAGCAGGUUCUGCAGUGCAUGGACAAUCUCAACCAGGGCAGCACCGAGCAGCUCACCGUGCAGGAGGUGUUCGUCGCCUCCUGCGCCCUGCUCACCUCCAGCGCCCUGUUCUUCCACUUCUUCGAGUUCGUCACCACGCGCUGCCUGCUCAUCCGGAACAUCCUGCGCCACUGGUGGAUGUUCGGCAGCACCUCCGACUUUGCCCUGGUGGAGAUCGAGGACGACUCCAUCGAUCUGUUUUGACGAGGAGAGGGGAAGGUGGAGCUGAGAAGGAAGAUCGAGUGUUCGGCCUGCCCUUCUUCACCGACCGACCACCAACUUGGAUGAUUUCACCAAGAUCAAGUUAUAAACUAAUUUUAAUAUUCAAUAAAACCUAUUUCACAUCCUCCCCAAA